CACGAAUAAAGUCCGUAAUCUGUCCGUUGGCGCGCAUACUUUCAAAUCGCGCGUACUUUUCCAUUGCUACGAAUUUUUCUGUUCGGCGUCGAAACGUUCAUUUGAAUGAGUUUGGGUAAACGACGUCUGUCUCGAGCCCUGACAGUUCGAAUUUCGGUCAACCAUUUACCGACGUGACGAAUUAAUGCAUAUAACGUUUGCACGGAUCCGAACUAAUUGACAGUUUCUAUUAUUGUUCCGAAAUCGAGAGCAACGUCGUUGAAUGCACGGUCGAAGCUGGAAUGGCAGCGCGAGCGUUCCGGCUGAAAGCGGCGCGCAUGCGUCGCUUGGCGAACGUCACGCAAUUGGUGGGGCGCCGUCUGACGUCGAUCUCCGCGUGAGCCAAUCAGCGGCCGUGGCUGGUCGACGUUAGCUCGGCGUGCCGAGGCGAACUUCAGAGGCGAGGUGGACCGACUGGUAUGUGCAACACGGCCAGGGCCCCCCCUCCCUUCUCUCUUUCACUCGCUCGCUCUCUCGUUCCCGUGCUCUCCACGCGACUUCCUCAAAUCUUUAUUUCAGGCUCGACCGCGAACUGGUCGAGGCGCGCGGCCCGCUUUUUUACCGUCCGACACGACGCUUCUAAAUUUGAAUCUUGUACGGAGCAGUGCGAAUCGACGGCUCCGCCGCACGUGAAAAAUAUUUUAAGAAAUACGUGCGUUUCUAGUCAUCGUUUCUAGUCAGCCAGGACAUUCUAACCUAGCUAACCUGAUUUCUUGGUAAGCCGUGGGUCCCGAGGAAUCGCCUUCUGCCCAGCGAUAUUCGCGUGCACGUUAUAAACACUGGUCGACACAGGGAUCGAAGAAAGAAGAGAAUAAUAGCAGCGAAGACAAGAGGAAGACAGAGAAGGAUCGGAGAUAAAAAGUUGUUGGUCGUUGCGAAUCGAAUAUACGCGAUUGGCUGUUUCGUCGGAUGUGUUUGACGAACCGAUGAAAUCCCGGCGUGCGAAGUGACGCGUGUUGAUUCGAUCGCCAGAAACGAGUGCAAGUUGAUCCGUGCCAAAAAGCUCAUGUGUUAUUUCGACGUAAUCGCUUCGAGGAGAAGUUUUGUUUUGAUCUUAUAAAUCGUACCUUUCGCGAGGAGGGUGUUAGUGGGGAGAUAUCGAUCGCGGGACCAUUGACGUCCGUUCUGGAGAACCGAGCUUUUCUCCUCGCUCCUUUGACUAGACUAACCUCUCGAUAAUUGUAUUUUCUCACUCGUAGCUGCAUAUAUGUCUACACACGUAUGUCGCGUACAUAACCUGAACGUGUGUGUCCGUGCGCGUAUACUUUGACGCGCGUACGUCGUUUUCCGUGUACGUGCACCAACGAAAAUUAGAUGUUUGUUUGGCGAACGAGCAAAUUGAAAAACGUGCCUGUUGCGAAGUAAACUGGCGACCGAUGGAAGCUGUUCCUCGAUUCUCUGGUUCAACGUUUCCCGAAACGAACCGGAUCGACAAAUAAACACGAAAGACUCAGCGAGACGGAGAAUCCGAUAGACCGAGAGUAUUUGUGAAUUAUCAACGUCUAACCGACCGAGUGCCUGAUUACGAUCGUUCGAUUAAAUUGUGCUAGCAACAUCUGUGAGAAGUGCGCGAUCUCGCCAUCUUUGUUUUGAUAUCGAUUCGGUUCGCGCACCAAGAUCGAUCGAUUGGAGAACGGACUUCGAGAUGUUCGACUGAUCGAACUACCAUCGAGUCGUGCUUUUAAUAUUCCAUCCAGUGGUUCCGAAGAGCUGUCCCUUCUCCACAACGCCGUGCAAAAAUGGGUCGGAAGAAGAUUCAAAUUUCGCGCAUCACGGACGAACGGAAUCGUCAGGUGACCUUCAACAAAAGGAAAUUCGGGGUGAUGAAGAAAGCGUACGAGCUGUCGGUGCUCUGCGACUGCGAGAUCGCCCUGAUUAUCUUCAGUUCGAGUAACAAGCUGUACCAGUAUGCGAGCACCGACAUGGACAAGGUCCUUCUCAAGUACACCGAGUACAACGAACCCCACGAGUCUCUCACCAACAAGAAUAUCAUCGAGGCACUCAACAAGAAGGAACAUAAGGGUGCCAUGUCUCCAGAAAGUCCGGAGCCCGAUGCGAUCGAAUACAAUCUCACUCCGCGUACGGAAGCCAAAUACACCAAGAUCGACGAGGAGUUCCAGCUGAUGAUGCAGAGGCACCAGCACAACGGCACUCGGGCAAUGGGACAAUCUAAUUACGCUCUACCCGUAUCUGUACCAGUGAAUAGUUACGGCGAAUCUCUACUUGGAUCUAGUCCUCAAAUGGCACACACCAGCAUUUCUCCACGACCGUCGUCUUCUGAAACAGACUCAGUGUAUCCACCGGGAGGGAUGUUAGAGAUGAGCAACGGAUACCCUCCAUCGGCGUCACCGCUCGGAGGUUCACCUAGUCCAGGACCUUCGCCGGCGCUGGGAGUCGGAGGCAGUGGGAAUAAAGGCAGCAAUCAGUCUAGGCAUUCGCCGCAACCACCGCCUCCACCCCCGCCGCCUCAUCCUCACAGGACUAAUCUUCGAGUAGUUAUUCCAACACCUCUUACGCAACCUCUUUCCGAAGACACUAGUUACGAUAGUGGCCAUGCACAAUCCUCGUUGAAUACGCCGGUGGUAGCACUGCAAACGCCAUCAGUUCCAGCUGGUUACUCUAGCUUUGGGCCAACGGAUUAUUCCUCGGACCUUGGAAGUCUAGCAUGGUCUCAUCAGAGGUACGUUGAUGACUUAUCAAUGUAUUCAGCAGCCACCAUGUCCAGCAUCAGUGGUCUUCCUCAUCUAGCUGUGUCGAGUAGUACACCACCGCCAGCCACGUCGCCCUUACCGGUGAAGAUAAAAAGCGAACCGAUCAGUCCACCCAGAGAUCCGCUCGGUGGUAGCAGCGGUUCGAACAGUAGCGGGCCCACCACCGCCAGCAAUCUUCACCACACGACUCUGAACGUUGGACCGUCGUCCAGCACCGGCGGUCCGCCACCGCACCACGUACCUCAUCCCGGGCCGCAGUCGUUGAAUCUUGUCUCGAGCAGACCUAGCAGUAAUCCACCUCCGUCUCAUUCCGGGAGCAUAACGCCAACGAAUCUACCGUCACCGGGCAGUGGCUCUGUGGCGGACAUAAGAACGAGCCACUCCGGCGGAAACGGAGGGAACAAUUCAGACUAUGAGAACGGACCGCUGAUGAAGCGUUCCAGAAUCACUGAGGGCUGGGCGACUUAAUGUUGAAACCACCGCCACGUGGUCACGCUCGGUCAUUUCAUAAAUCUCUCUACGUACAACGGCGUAUAGUGCUUGUGAAGUUCCAGGACUCGAAGUCGUAGACUCGUUUGACACGUUUUGGCCGAUCCCAUCCCCCGACACGGUUUUUUUGGUGCGCGAGGAACGAUCGUGUCACGGUUCCGGUUCGGUGGAUUUGGGGAAAAAGAAAGAAAAAAAAAAAAUGAAAACAGUAAUUUUGUUUAUAUAUAUAUAUAAACGACAUGUAAAUUUAUAUAUAUAUAUUUUCAAAGCCCACACACACAACAAUGCGUUUGUUUGACGAUUAAAUACGGUGCCAUAAUGUUGAAGCGUUACACGUAUAUAGAUAUUAUAUAUGUAUAUAUAUAUAUGAUGAAAUACGUACAUAUAUAUAUAUGUAUAUAUAUAUUUUCAUGUAUAUAAUACAAAGUUGUUUGUAUAUAUGUCAUUAAUUCAUUGUCAUUUUCUUCGUGAUAUGGCAUUGUGUCUUUGAUACUUGUCGCUACGGCGAGGGUUAUUCCUUUAGAGUGGAAUAGACGGAAAAGGAAUAGGCGUGUGUUUAAUGAAUUUUUAUCGCUCCAGGAGCGGGAGCGUUUCGAGAUACCGGACCUGGGUAAAUUUAAUUUAAAAAUAAAAAAAGAAAGAAAGAAAUAGGAAAUCGUUUGUUCGAACAACAUCUCGAUUUCUUAUUCAUUCAAAUUCGUCUGGAAGUAAUAGAAAUUAUACGAUCCUAACCUCUGAAGGUGUGUAAUAAAUAACACGGUGAAAUAAGAUCGCACGCGUUAUUUGAGACGGUAUUUCGAACGUUAUUUUUAAGAGUGCCUGGGUCCGUACGGGGUAAGUGCAUCGACAACCGAAUUUCUUGAUAGAGCUUGCGAACGUCUAUAAUUUACGGUAGGGAAUUACCAGUAAUUGUACUUUGUUACUUGUUUUUUUUUUUUUUUUUUUUUUUUUUGUGCGUUAUGGUAGAUAGACGAGUCCGCGGCAUAAUCCGUUAAUUGAUGUUUUACAAAGCAAUGCCGGAAGCAAUGAACAUAUAAUGUCUUUUUAAUUGAAUGCCUAGUCAGAGAAUAAUGAUAUUCGAUUAGUGGUAGAAAUUUUAUCCUACAAUUAUUUUCUUUUUUUUUUUCUUUUUUUUUUGUAAAUUGCAAUAUUUCUUUCCUUUGCUUAAGAACCGUACUUUUCUUUAAAAGAUAUAAGGAAUCUUGCAACUUUUAUUAUAAAAGAUUAUACACGUAUUGUAGAUGAUUUUAUAUUCGUUUUAACGAUUCGUUGAGUAACCGUCGGUUUGUUUUUUUUAUAAUAGUGGAGUCUCUUUCUUUUCUUUUUUUUUUUCAUUUUUUUUUUUAGCGAACUAAUUAACGGUCUAUGCCCGCUAAUGAAACGAUAAAUGAUAAAUCGGCUGCUGUACUCAAAAUAAUUACGAUAUUCUGUAGAACACGAUUGGAAAUUAAUAUAUUGAUUAUUACGAGGUAAUAGGCGAGAUAUAUGCAUA